GCGAUGGCGUCUGCUGAUCUGAGACAGGAGCUGGACUGUUCCAUCUGCCUGAGCAUUUAUACAGAUCCAGUAACCCUGAGAUGUGGCCACAACUUCUGCCGGGUCUGUAUUGAUCGUGUGCUGGAUACACAGGAGGGGGCUGGAGCUUAUACCUGUCCUGACUGCAGAGCAGAGUGUCAGGAGCAUCCUGCACUGAUACGGAACAUUCCUCUGUGUAACAUAGUGGGGAGGUUCCUGUCUACUCGGCCAGAUCAGGAGGAGACUGGGAUCUUCUGCACUUACUGCAUUCACUCUCCUGUACCUGCUGCUAAAUCCUGUCUGCUGUGUGAGGCUUCUCUGUGUGAUAAUCACCUGAGAGUACACAGCAAGUCAGCAGAACACGUCUUAUGUGAUCCCUCCACUGCCCUGGGGAACAGGAAAUGCUCUGUACAUAAGAAGGUCCUGGAGUAUUACUGCAUUGAGGACGCUGCCUGUAUCUGUGUGUCCUGCUGUCUGAUUGGGGAACACAGAGGACAUCAGAUGGAGUCGUUGGAUGAGGCCUCUGAGAAGAAGAAAGAGAAGCUGAGGAAUGUUCUGCAGAAACUGACCACAAAGAGAGCAGAGACUGAGAAAAGAGUCCAGAGUCUGCAGGAGCGCAGGAGAGAAGAUCAGGGAAAAGCAGCUGGUGUAACAGAGAGAGUCACUGCCCUGUUUAGAGACAUCAGGAGACAGCUGGAAGACCUGGAGAAGAGAGUCCUGAGUGAGAUCUCUGGGCAGGAACAGCGCGUUUCACUCUCAGUCUGUGAUCUGAUCCAGCAGCUGGAAAUAAAGAAGGACGAGCUGUCCGGGAAGAUGCUUCACAUUGAUGAGCUGUGUAACAUGUCUGACCCAGUGACUGUCUCACAGGAACCAGACACAGGUGACUUGUGUGAUACUGAGGACGCAGAGAGACAUGAUAACAAGGUCCACGGUGCAAGAGAUCUGGAUGUGGGUCUCAUCUCAGGGACAUUACACACAUUAUCUGAUAUAAUAACAGAUAUAAAUAUAGGGAUCUAUGCGCAGGAAGCUACAGACCUGGUACUGGAUGUAACCACAGCUGGUAAUAAUUCUAUACAUAUAUCAGGUGACAGGAAAUCUGUAUCGUGGUCAGAUAUAAAGCAGAAUCGCCCAGUAACACCAGAGAGAUUUCAGUAUAAUCAGGUAAUAACUACCAGGAGAUUCUCCUCAGGGCGACAUUACUGGGAAGUGGAUGUCAGUAAAUCAGUAAGAUGGAGGGUGGGGAUGUGUUAUCCCAGUAUAGACAGGAGAGGAGCGCAGUCAGCCAUUGGAUAUAAUAACAAGUCCUGGUGUCUGUGUAGGUAUUAUAAUCAGUACUCAGUGAUACAUGACAGGACAGAGAUCCAGUUACCUGCCAAUAUCCUCUGUGACAGAGUGAGGGUAUGUCUGGAUUAUGAGGCAGGACAGCUGUCCUUUUAUUCUCUGUGUGACCCCAUCAGACACUUACACACCUACACUGCCGUCCUCACUGAGCCCCUCCAUGCUGCAUUAUUGGUACGGGAAGGUUCUAUAAACAUUUCUAGUAGAGUCAUGAAAGAAAUUCCCUCAGGGAGUGAAACUUGACUGGUUCAAGUUGCAGCCAAUAGGAUGAAGCAGUGGGUGGAGCUAUAGCUGCUCUCCUGCUUUGCGCUAUAUAUUGUAUUACCAGGUGUCCCAUUAUCACAGAUUUCAGGAAACUAUAGAUUGUUGAUGGUUUUAACCAUCAAAAUAAACUAUUGAUGGUUGAAAGAAAACUGGGUAACUUGGGCGCUAUUGAAUAGUGUGUUUGUUAUAGGCUGAGCACAGUUUGCUCCUGUUGCUGAGUUGAAUAGUCCAGGGCCGGAUUAAACAGGGGGGCUCCGAUGGAAGGUGGGGGAUGUAUAUUAGAUUGUGCAUACCUCCCAACAUGUCCCAUUCCAGGAGGGACAAAACGCUCUCUACCUGGAUUUCCACUUAAUAUACGAUUGGCGUCACCUGUGUUGAACUAUUUAAUUGAUAAGAAAGGUACUUUAACACAGGUGAUUGCAAUCAUAAAUUAAGAAGGAAGUCCAGUUAUAGAGCAUUUUGUCCCUCCUGGAAUGGGUCAUUGUGGGAGGUAUAGAUUGUAUAUAUUAAAUUUAAACCAAUGGUGUAUAUUAGUUUUAACAAAUAGUUUAAUAAUGCCUGGGGGUACUGUUUAUAGCUCCAUCUAAUUGAAAGAUAACUAUUUUAUAAACUUUUCUUGUAGUGGAACAAAGACAACUUAACCUUAAAAUAUACAAAGAAAAAUAAAAUAAUUUAUCUUGUCACAUGCAAGAAUAGCAGCAGCCUCUGUAUUACUUACACACUGGGACAGGACUCAGGAGGACUCUGUCUCUCUCCAUCUCUAAAUGGUUUAGUUGAAUAACAGAUUACUCAGGACUCAGACACCUAGGCUGGGAGGAGGAGAAGCUGGGAUCCCUGUGUCACUUACAGCUCUCUCCACCCUUCUAUCUCUCCUCUGGUCAGAAAGCUCUGUCAGUAGCUCAUGAAACAUUAUAUUCCUGUGUCUCUGCCUGCACUGCAUACUGUCUUGCUCGCAUUCUGGUUGCUGGUUCUGCUGCUGCUUAAGGGGGAAAGCUAGUGAUGUCAGUGUGCUCUGACAAUGAGGGGCCCGGGGUACAGUAUGCCCUGCACCCCCCCCCCCCCCCCCCCACCCCACCUUAAUCUGGCUAUGGAACAGUCUGUGCAUGCCCACGAAGAUAAUGCAAGCAUUUGCACCAAUGCAGACAUGCGUGUACCCGGAACUAACAUUACCUUUCUACGGAAGAGGCAGAAUAGGGGCGUGGCCAGGCAUUCUUGAUAAUAAUGUGUGUGUACCCAAUUGCUAAUCGCUUGCUGUGAUGUGUGUCUGACCGCCCUGUGCUAUUAACUGCUGGGAUUUCAUUUCCACCAGUCUAAAUGAUGCUGUGUCAGGAGUGGGCUUAUCUGUCACAUUUAUAUAAUAUCGGUAAUAAAUCUAACAUUUUAAUCUAAAA